CAUGCGUACAAGCGGCUCAUCCAGGCAAACACCCCUCACAUCUUAAAUGAGCUUCAUUUAGCGGCAGCCGCUCCAGUCGGGCUGGGAGCGGGCGGGCUGCGCUCCGAGCGGAGCCCCCCGGGGCAGGCCAGCCUCGACGGAGCCCGCCGCGCCCGCUCUCGAUGGGACUGAGCGCGGCGGCCGCUCCGCGCUCGGGCGGCGGAGGCUGAGCGCGCCCGCGGGGGCGCCGGGCAUGGCCGCGGGCGGGCGGGGGCCGAGCCGGAGCCGCGGGCACAGCGCCCUCGCGGGGGGCACCGCCACGGCCAUGGAGCGCCGCUGAUCGCCGCCGCCGCCGGGAGACAAUGGCCCUGCACAAACUCUGCUCGGUGCUGGAAGUGUUGCUUGUAACAAUCCUGGUAGUGGAAGGCAUUGCCGUUGCACAGAAGACACAAGGUGGGCAAAAUAUUGGAGUGAAUCGCAUUCCUCCAACCCAGUGUGACAACUGGGUCAGGACCAGCAAUGGAGGACACUUUGCUUCACCAAACUACCCAAACAUGUACCCACCCAAUCAGGAGUGCAUCUAUAUCUUAGAAGCUGCUCCACGACAAAGAAUUGAGUUGACCUUUGAUGAACCCUAUUACAUAGAACCCUCAUUUGAAUGUCGCUUUGAUCACCUGGAGGUUCGAGAUGGACCUUUUGGGUUCUCCCCUCUCAUUAAUCGUUACUGUGGUUUGAAAAGUCCAGCACUAAUUAGAUCAACCGGGAGAUUUAUGUGGAUCAAGUUUAUUUCUGAUGAGGAGCUGGAAGGAAAGGGAUUUCAGGCGAAGUACUCAUUUAUACCAGAUCCUGACUUCACUUACCUAGGAGGUAUUUUAAAUCCCAUCCCAGACUGCCAGUUUGAGCUCUCAGGAGCUGAUGGAAUAGUACGUUCCAGUCAAGUAGAACAAGAAGGAAAAACAAAACCAGGACAAGCAGUUGACUGUAUCUGGACAAUUAAAGCCACUCCAAAUGCUAAGAUCUAUAUGCGAUUCCUGGACUACCAAAUGGAGCACUCCAACGAGUGCAAAAGGAACUUUGUAGCUGUGUAUGACGGGAGCAGCUCCAUCGAGAACCUGAAGGCCAAGUUCUGCAGCACGGUGGCCAACGAUGUCACGCUGCAGACAGGGACAGGCGUGGUGCGCAUGUGGGCAGACGAGGGCAGCAGGCUGAGCAGGUUCAGAAUGCUCUUCACCUCCUUUGUGGAUCCUCCCUGCUCAGGCAACACUUACUUCUGCCAUAGCAACAUGUGCAUCAAUAAUUCUUUAGUCUGCAAUGGCAUUCAGAACUGUGCAUACCCUUGGGAUGAGAAUCACUGCAGAGAAAAGAAAAAGACUGGAUUGUUUGAACAAAUCACCAAAACCCACGGGACAAUCAUUGGCAUCACCACAGGGAUAGUUUUAGUUCUCCUCAUCAUUUCAAUUCUAGUGCAAGUAAAGCAACCUCGCAAAAAGGUGAUGGCUUGCAAGACUGCCUUCAAUAAGACUGGUUUCCAGGAAGUUUUUGAUCCCCCUCACUAUGAACUGUUCUCACUGAGGGACAAAGAGAUUUCUGCAGAUUUGGCAGAUUUAUCAGAGGAACUUGAGAACUAUCAGAAACUGCGCCGCCCCUCGACAGCUUCCAGAUGCAUCCACGACCACCACUGUGGCUCGCAGGCCUCCACCAUCAAACAGAGCAGGACCAACCUGAGCUCCAUGGAGCUGCCCUUCCGCAAUGACUUUGCGCAGCCGCAGCCCAUGAAAACCUUCAACAGCACAUUCAAGAAAAGCACCUACACCUUCAAGCAAGGCCACGACUGCCCCGAGCAGGGCAUAGAAGACAGGGUGAUGGAGGAGAUCCCGUGUGAAAUUUAUGUCAGAGGAAGGGAAGAUACAGCACAAGGUUCAUUAUCCAUUGACUUUUAACUUCCUGCUGAAGGUGGUGUCGGUGUAUAUACAAAAUGCUCAUGUACAAUGACAGUGUAUAUAUUAAAAGUGUACCAUACGCAGCGUGUGAGAUGCACACACUUUUAGCUUCUUAUACUUCAUUUCAAAAAACAAAACCAGUCUUCAUGAUUAAUUCUUGCUGAAAAAGUGGUGGAUUUCCUCCAAUCUUCCCAAGCUACCUAUCUAGUGGAGGAGUAAGAUGGAGACUUUGCAUGGAAAUUAUAAGAUAGGAUGUUGGAAGAAAAAAACCCUACAACUACUAAUCAUUGAACACUGAAAGCAAUGACUACUAUUCUUUUCUUCAUACCAUUUUCUCUUCUUUAGAUGUCUGCUUUUCAAGACAAUUUUAAUACCUCACUUGCAUAAAUAAAAGUAGUUAAGUGCACCAUGUGUAUGUCAACAUAGGUGUCUUAUUGUAUUUGUCAAAUUAAAAGUAGAGUUAGUGUUAAGUGCCAGUUAAGACUCACAAAUUAUGUUACAGCCAUCUGUUUCACUUGCCUUUAAUUAUCAUUUCCACAAUCUAUGCUUUGUGAGAAAUAAGUGAAAAGGGUUACUGCCUUUUAACAAUAUCAAGUUAUAUUAAUUUUAGUACAUUUGGAAAUCUCUUUGCAGCUUUCAGUUAAAACACAAGUGAGUAGUCAUUUUAUUCUAAAUGCAGACUUUUACAACAGUUUUCUUUCAAUAAGGUUUAGGAUUUUAAAAUAUUCUGCCAUAUAUUAUAGCUCCAUAUGGCGCACUGAUUUCACAGCUCUGUACUUAGGAAACAAUUUUGUUCCUGAGUUUUCCAAGUAUUUACAUAAAUAGAUUGUACUGUACAUUUGUCUCUUAAAAUAGCUUUUUACUCCUUGUUGCAGCCAAUCUUCCCUACUGAAAUCAGUGAUGAUACUUUUAGCUCGUGUCCUACUUGCCUGAGGAGAACUGCUCUGAGGUCUGUGUGAUUACUGGGAUACGAAGGUACUGGAAACAAAGAAAUCACAAAGCAACUCUAAUUAACCCCUACGGAAUCCUUCUUGUUUCCACUUGCAAAAUUGCACAUUUCCUACCUUUUUUAAUGGUGGUUUGGACCUAAUUUAAAUUUUUUUACAAUAUAGAAGAAAAAUUUUAAAAUAUAUUCUCCUUGUGGUUUUUAAGCUUUUUCUAUCGUUUGAUACUGUACAGCCUAUUUCUUAAAUCCAAAUCUAGCACCUGUACAGCAGGCUUCUUUCAGGGUCCCUCUUAGCAGCUCUGAAUAACCUGCAGUUGUUGCUGCACACAUCACAAUCUGCCAAGAACAUUUCUCAUGACUUCCACAUUAGCCUACCCUUUCUUCCCUGGGUAGUUUGAGCUUAUUUGGGUAUUUUGUUUAUAGGAAACCUUUGACUGGAGCUGAUUCCCCAGCCAGCACUGGGCAUAGCCUUUAUUUACAGAUGGAUGUUAAACCAUAGUGUUUGUUAUGCUGACUGUAGACAAAAAAAAAAACCCCAAAACAUCUUAACAUAUGACCCUUGCAACUGAAAAAUCAUUUGUUUGAAAUAAAAGAUGAACAACAGCCGUAA